CCCAAAGUAAAGUUUCUAAAGCCUUUGCUUGAAAUUAUGGGGUUUCAUUUCGAAUUCAUAGUUGCUCUAUUCUGUCUUGGUGUUGUGGGAAGCUGUCAUGCUUCCAUGCCCGCUGAACUUUACUGGAAGUCUGUGCUCCCAAACACUCCAAUGCCCAAAAGCUUACAAGAUCUUCUUCGUCCUGUGAACAAGAACGAUUUUGUCAAGUUGAAGGAUGAUAUGGUCCUUGGUGGCGCAGCUUGUACCAUUCAGAGUAAUCCAAGUGCAGAAUUCAAAAGUGCAGACUUAGAGGACUUCAACGGGAAUCAUGGAUUGAAAAGUGGAAGUCUCCUAAAUAGCAGUGCUAAUAUCUUUUUCUUUGAAAGUGAUCUGCAUGCAGGAAGGCUAAUGAAGUUGCUAGAAGAAGUCACGAUGUUAAAGAGCAAAGCAACCUUCCUACCUCGUGCAGUUACAGAUUCAAUGCCUUUUUCAAGUGCCAAAUUCUUUGACAUAUUGAAACUUUUUUCUAUGGACCCUAAAUCAGCAAGAGCCAAGGUGAUGAAACAAAGUAUUGAAAAUUGCGAGAGAGAAUCCACAGAAGGAGAAGACAAGUACUGUGCUACAUCUUUAGAGUCCUUGAUUGAUAAUAGUGUUUCUAGGCUGGGGAAAAAUAUACAGGUACUGUCAACUGAGGUUGAGAAGGAGACAAAAACUGGAGAGUUUACCAUUGGCACGGGUGUAAAGAACAUGGGAGAGAAGGAAAUAGUGUGUCACACGUUGAAGUACCCAUAUGCUGUGUUUUUGUGCCAUUCAAUUGAUAAAACAGAUGUGUAUAAGGUUCCCUUAAUUGGCUCUGAUGGGACCAAAGUUAAGGCGAUAGCUUUAUGUCACAAAGAUACAUCAACUUGGAACCCCAGACAUUUUGCAUUUCAGUUCCUGAAAGUUAAACCGGGAUCUGUGCCAAUUUGCCAUUUCCUAGCCAAAGAGAGCAUUGCUUGGGUUCCCAACUGAAGUUCUGAAACAUCAGCACAAGGGCUGUCUUUGUUUGGAUGUUUACAGAUGAGUAGGUUAUGUAAAAUCUUAAAUAAGUUGAACCUCUCAUCUCCUUGUUCUAAGUAUGUUGUCUACUUGUAAGAUAUAGGUUUUCAGGUUUGGAAAAUAAAUGUCAGGAUCUCAC